AAAAUCGAAAGGUAAACGUGCUUGUUCAAAAAAAAAAUAGAACAGUACGUGAAUAUGAUGAACAAGACGAUUAUGAACAAAUAAAUGAAGAACUGAAUGAUCAUAUAUGGGUAGAUGAAGAGAUCGAUGAAAGAGCUGCUGAUUACUUUGAUAUUCUACUUUUAGCUGGUAGGAACAAUAAUGUUUGGAAAACUUCGGGAAGGCCCAUUGUUAAUUUUGGUGAUUCUGGAAGAACUUUAAACCCACCCUUAGCACCUAACACCACUUUGACCUGUGCACUUUCAGAUGCAGUUGCAUUAGUACAAUCAGCAGAUGAAAAUAGAGAGAAAAAUAUCGAAGGAAUUAUGGAGGGAAUUAUGGAGAGAAAUAUAGAGAAAAAUAUGGAGGAAAAUAGGGAGAGAAUUAUGAAAGAAAUUGUGGAGAGAAAUAUGGAGGGAAAUACAGAGGAAAAUAGAAAGGGAAUUAUAGAGGGAAAUACAGAGGAAAAUAUGGAGAAAAAUGCGAGAGAAAGUAUAGAAAAAAAUAUAGCUAAUAAAAAAGCAAGAAUGAAAUUAGCAAUCGAGGAACUGGACAAUUUAUUAAAAAAGGAUGAUGGACAUAUGGAUAAAGGAACUAAGGUUCGCUUACAAGCAUCACUGCAAUACUUGUGGUUAAGACACCAAGGUUGGACUAAAAUUCACGCAAGUGCGACAAUUGCUAGCUCAUUAGGCUGGGGUGAUUAUAAAGUAGUGAGUCUUAUUGAUGAUGAAAGGAUAUCUUUAAAGAUCAUAUCAUACUUAAGAAGUUAUAAAUUUAGUGUGAACCCUAAAGUUCUGAAAGAAUUUGUGGAGAAUGAAGUAUUUCCGUCUUUAGGUGUUGAAAAAAAGACAACUAUCAGUGAAAGAACCGCGUCAACAUGGCUCAACAAGUUGGGAUGGCACUAUAAGGAGUGGAAAAAGGAACCCCUUCUUAUUGAAUACGAUGAAAAUGAUCUGAAUAAAUUAGUUGAAAAAAAUAUUUUCCCUAAUGAAAUGCCAUAUUGUGUAAUAACACAUAAUGAAACAACAUUAGCCGCAAAUGAUGAUAAAAAGACCAGAUGGGCUCCUGAAA